AUGUGUGGAGGAGCUAUUAUAUCUCGAUUUCAUAUACUAACUUCAGCAGCUUGCGUUGAAGACGUUACAGAACUGUACGCUAUCUCUGGAACGAUAUCCUAUGUACCACCACAGGAUAUCCAUUCUAAUGGUUGCACGAAGAAUACUAAACGAAAAAUUGUCUACACUUGCAUACCCAAAGAAUAUAACUUGGAUUACAAGCAAGUUGAGACAUGGUCUUAUAAUGACAUAGCCGUAGUAAGAGUGGACAUUCAAUACGAUUUUAGCGAUCCACAAUAUGACAAAUAUUGUCAAUUUAGACCUAACUCGAUUCCAGUAAACUUUAAUAUAGCUAACGAAAAUAAAGACAGGGAUGUCAUUACCUUCGGAUUUGGACACCAGAGCCUUUGGAGAUUGAAAGAUACAAAAAAAGAUUUUAACUACCCUCAUCUAAUGUAUACGAGGGCAAAGAUUUCUGAUCAAGGCAAAUGCAAGGCCGCAUAUCAAAAACCUAAUUUAACUGAGAACAUUGUGAAGUACAUGAUAUGCACGAAUGCUUCUGGAAACAUUGACAUUAAUGGAAAAUUGGUUCAGAGACGUAGAGAUUUAGUGAACGAAGACGACUUUUUGACUAGAAGACAAGGAGGAAUUUGUCAGAACGACCACGGAGUACCUCUUGUGACGUGGAUCAAUGAAGAGGAGACAGUUCUGGGAGUAGGCUCUGUGUUCAGAGUUAAUAAGGAUAACAAAUGCGAAGGACCUUUCCUUUACACGAGCACAGCUCGAAACAAAGUGUUUAUAGAGUGUCUUCUAGAGGAAACUAAGUAA